CACUCAAAUCACAUCAUAUUCGAAAACAAAACAUCAAUAUUUGAGAACAUCAUCAAAUUGUACAAAAGAACCAACAUGGCCUCAAUUCAACCCAAUUUCUACUUUCCACACCCCCUCAACCCUCCACCCUCACCUUUCCACCCUUUUAACCCUCCACCACCUUCCCAUCUCUUCAGACCUCCACCACCACCAUCUCACUCAUUUCCACCACCACCACCACAUGGACACCCUCCACCGCCACAACCACCGCCAUCUCAUCCAUUUUCUCCUCCACCACCACACUCCCAUCCACCACCGUCUCCACACCGCCCCAUUGCACCCCCUCUACCACCGCACAUUCUCCCAUCUCCACCACCACCACUUCCACCCUCUCCCUCUCCAUACCACCCGACGAUCAUCGUCAUUGUGAUCAUCUCAUUUGGCGGCAUUGCAUUGUUUUCCAUGCUUGCUUUCGCCUUAUUUUGCUGCAUUCAGAAGAGGAAGAAGAAGAAGACUCAACAAGCUGAUAUUGUUCAUAUCGAUGAACAUAAAAAGGUGACGGAAACAAUUGUGCCUGGUCCUUUUGGAAAACCAACGGUUGUGAUUUCAGUUGAAGAUGAUGUUCAUGUUGAUGAAGUAAUCAAGAAGAAUGCACAACUUGGUCAUGGUUUGCAUGGUGAAGCAUCAAAAGCUCAUGAGCAAGAUCAAGGAAAUUCUAGUAACAUUGAAGUGGAAAGUGAACAUAAUCAUCCACAAAUUGAGAACAAGAAUUGAUGGGAAGUGUUGUGUCUAUAUUCCCACAGAGAUAUUAUAUAUCCUCGUACAUGGAAUCCAAAAAGGAUUCUAUUUCACCUAAAUUAAUUUUAUGAAUAAAUAUAUUCUUUUUUAUAAACAAAAUAUCAUUAAAGAAAGUGUAAAGGGUACUUCAAUCUUCGCAUUAUAAAAAAAUAGUUCAAAUUCAACAUUGUAACACAAGACAUCCAUCUACCCAUGGAUAAAUAUAUUUAAAUUGUUUUUGUUCA